AGCGUGAGGUUAUCGCCCCCGCGGGAGGAUCCACACGGAAAGGCGGCUUCACCAGCUGAUGCACGAGGAUCGAGACUACGAGGCGGGACCCUCGCCGACCCCUGUCGAAGGCGACCAGUUCAGCACGAAAAUGGCGUUAAUUGAGGGGAGGAGGAGAAAGUCAUCUUCAUCGUCAUCGCCAGCUUCGAUGGAGACUCAGGUAUCGAUAGAGAGCUGGAAGGAGAGGGAGUACUCGGUGGUGAACAUAAGGAGCAGGGACAGGCCAAAGCUGCUGUUUGACACUGUAUGCACUCUCACAGAUUUGCAAUAUCUAGUGUUCCAUGCAGCAGUCAGCUCCCACGGACCCCUUGCGUUUCAGGAAUACUACAUCCGACACAUGGACGGACGGACGUUUCUUGAUACUGAGAGCGAGCGGCAGAGGGUUACCAGGUGCUUGGUUGCUGCCGUCGAACGCAGAAUUUCACAUGGAUUGAGGGUGGAGGUGUUGACAAAGAACAGGAAGCGUUUGCUAUCGGAUGUGACUAGGGUUCUCAGAGAGGGCGGGCUGUCGCUGACUAGGGCAGAGUGUGCGGUGAGAGGGGAGAGGGCCGUCGGGACUUUCUACGUAACUGACACAUCAGCAUUGUCGUCGAGAGAGGGAGACGUGGACCCCAAGAGGCUGGAGCUAGUUAGGAAGGAGUUGGGGGAGGAAGGCGUUACGCUCGAGGUGAGCAACAACCAUCCGCCGAUAAGGAAAGUUGUCGGCAGCGCAGGCGAGGGUAGUAAUGACGCCAGAAAUCAAGUAUCGGGAUUGGUCGUGACGGGAAGAAGUGUUGGUAGCUGGAGCAGGAUGGAGGAAGAGAGGCCUAGGUUCUCUUUGGGCAACCUCUUGUGGUCUCACAUUGAGAAACUCUCUAGCAAUUUUGGUUCCAUUAGAUCCUAA